CCCCAAAGUGGUACAUGUGUUCACUUGUUGCCAAAGCUCCAAUGUGAUGUAUUUUUUGAUGAUACUCAAGUUAUGUCCGUAACUCCUCCCAUCCCCAUGCCGGGGGCUACUGCCAGCCUGCUUCCAUAUGGGCUGUGACCUCACAGAGUUCUCCCCACCCGCCGGACUAUGAUGUCAUGGCUCUGCCCAUGUAAGCCAGCGGCCAGCACUUUGUCCCUCCCAGUGCGGUCGUGACCGGCUUUGAGCGAUGGUUGUCGACAGCGUUCUCCUUAUCCCCAGCCUCCUGCUCCUGGUGGCUGGGCUGUCUCUGCUCACCACUUCCUGGUGCCGACAGGGUUCUGAGCGGCGCCGGCAAUGGUGGAGAUGGUGGCAGUGGGUGGAAGCAUCGAAGUCAGGUGAGUCCCCUGAGAGUCAGCCUGGCACAUUGCCAGGCAGGGCCGGCCCUCUGGGAGAAGCCAAGCUUCAUGCCAGCCUCUGUCAUGUAGCAGCCAGGCCAGGUGGGCCCGGAAGAUCGCCGGUGCCCCGUAACCUUCUGUGGCUCAGGCCCGCUCCCUGUUUUACAGGUGCUGAGAGGCGGGCAGGCAGGCGCGGGAGCCCCCUGUGCAGGCCAGGUUGCUCCCAGCAGCAAGCAUCACCGUGGCAGGGCAGUCCCAUCCUGCCCCGUCUCAUGCAGCCUGGAAAGACCCGGCCUUUGUUGCAGCGCAGUCUGCGCCCCUCUCUCCACGUGGACUCUGCCACUGGUACCGUCAGCUCUGCGGGGAAACCCGGCAGGCUUCCCAGGCAGGACCAGCGCCCGCAGGUUCUGGUGGCACGUGGGACCUCCCGGACGCUCGGUCAGCGUUCAAGGCUAGGCAGUGGAGUUCAAGACCUGCCACCUGAGAUCUUCAAGUGCACAAAGCCACCAGUGAAAGGGAUGGUCUUUCAGGAGGGCCUCGUUCAAACCGAGGAGAGAAAACGCUGGUGGGAAUACAAGACCAGGAGGCCUAUUUGGCCUAUGCGCCCCCCAGCACCUCCCAGAGGGCCCAAGCAAGCAGGAGCUGCGGCAAGGCCAUCACGUGGACCGGCUUUGAGCCUGGAGAACAAGGCAGACGGCAAAACUGAAACCUGCCAGCCCUCCACCUCUGGCGUCAGUGACAAGAGAGGCGCAGAGAAAUCGGACGCGCUCACUAUGGAAAGGCUGUACCGGCAGCUCCUGGUGUCCCUCAAACGGCCCAAGACUAAGAACUGAAGAGCGGCCUCCUGUAACCUCUUCCUGCACGCAGCCACCAGCGGAAGGGAUGAUCGUGCAGGAGACCAUCUUUCCAACAGAGGAGGGGAAAUGCUGGUGGAAGAGCAAGGCCAAGAGGCCUUCUGAGUAUUGCAUAGCCUCCCCAGCUCUUCCCAGAGUCUGGAUGGAAGCUGGAGCAGCUGCAGGACCAACACCAGGGCCAGCUUCAAGCCUGCAGAAGAGGGGACAGCAGAACCGAAACCUGCCAGCACCUAAACGCUGCUGUCAUUGUUAUGGAUUUGUUGCUGACGUACCAACAGAGAACUGAAUCUCAGCCCUAAGACCAUCAUUUGCAUCGUACUGUUUCAGCCUGAGGUCUUUCAGAUUGUUAAGAAGAUAACUUAAUAAAAGUCACGCUAGUCUUCA